UGUGCGAUUGUGUCACGUACAAUCUUACAGCGCCUCAGCAUCAUCGCAUUGGUUCAAGGAUAAAAGCGACACGCACUGUCCAUAAUAAGAGGGAACGAUCGAACCAUGCCAAGUACACUGCUAUUUGCAAACAGCAAUGAAGGUCGCGUCUAUGCACUGUCCACGUCCGGGUCUGCCUGGCGCGAGUUCCUGUACCUUGGGCUGGAGUUUAAAAAAAUCUGUGUUGUGCCUCAUUUCAUGUGGGCCAUCGGAGGCGAUCGACAGGUGUACGUGCAUGUUCACGGACUGGAUGUGCCGAUACGGAUCAAGGAGGAAGCGUACGAAAAUGAACGCUGGCUACCGAUAGAAGGGUUUUCCAACCGUCUCCUACCAACGGAUCGGUAUCACUUCUCAAACGCCGACGGAACUGUCGAUCGGAACAUCGACAAGGUUCGUCUGCCAUCGAUGGCAUGGCAGUGGGAAGGUGAAUGGCAGCUCGAUCUUACCCUCGACGGACAGCCACUCGACCACGAUGGAUGGACGUACGCGGUCGAUUUUCCCGCCACUUACCAUCCACAGAAAAACUGGAAAUCGUGCGUCCGUCGCCGGAAAUGGGUACGCUUCAGGCGGUACUGUGCUUUGAACUCCUGGUGUGCGGUUGCACCACUACACAAAGAUCCGACGCAAGAACCGUUCAUCGACGUUUCCAUCGGUGGCGCAAAUGUGCCCGGCGCGUCGCCGGGCAUGCUGCUUGUGUGGGCCGUUACAGCGCAUGGACGCGUAAUGUAUCGGUCGGGCGUUAGUACGACGGCUCCGGAAGGAUUGCGCUGGACGGCCGUUACCACCCCAUCGGGCUGUGAGGUGUCACAAAUUUCUGUCGGAGCGACGGGACUCGUGUGGGCGGUCCUGUACAAUGGACGUGCGAUUGUACGUGCCGGCAUCACGCGCGAUACCCUCACCGGAAGCACUUGGUUGGAGGUGAAACCGCCGGGAACGAACCUCAAAAUUACCCAGGUUGCUGUCGGCACCAAUUCCGUGUGGUGUGUGACGAACGACAAUCAUGUGUGGUUCCGGCGGGGCGUACACGGUGAAGCGUCCGGUGUCAGCGAGGAUGCUGCCAUCGGAAGUGGCUGGGUGGAGAUGGUUGGCAACAUUUCACACAUUUCCGUUGCGGCCAACGAUCAGGUGUUUGCGGUAGGGUCCGAAGAUCGGGCACUUUACUUCCGGUCCGGUGUUUCGGCCACAGAUCCGACAGGGAAAAAAUGGCGUCUCAUUCAACUGCCGAUGCAACUGAGCCGUACGUCGAGUAAUUUUUCGUUCUCCAGUCGACAAAGCGGAACCAGCUCACCGACGACGACCAAGCAUCGUAGCUUGAACAGUCUGUACAAGGAACGAUUGCAGCAAGAAACGGGCAAUGCGGGCGCUGUAGGUGGUGGUGGGACGACAGGUGGUAUAGAGGAAACGUCUCGUUCCGCACCGACGGCAAACGUUAAAAAUCGCCCGGAACUGUGGCACAAACCGGAGCUUUCUCCCGAUGCACUGGCGGCUCAGCUGGAAGCGAAACAGCAACACGUUGGAAGUCUGGUAGAGAGCAAGCUAACGCAGAAAGUAUCACUGGAAAGUGUGGCCGGGACGAGUGUACCAGUCAGCAAUGAGGUGUACGAGAUUUCUGGCAAGCAGCUGAAAAAUUCUCGGGCCUGGAGUCCAGUACGUUCGGUUGGAUCCGUCGUCGGUACCGAGGCACAUCCCGAAACCGAUUCGAGCGUGUUUGAGGGUGAAACUUCGCGCGAUUCCGGUGUCUUUGGGGAGUGUGAGGAUCAUGGCGGGUCUCAAAAUUGGACUGACUGUGAGGUACAAUGGGUAGGCUGUUCUGCUGGGGCAGUUAGCGUAGAUCCGGCCCUACUUCCAAACUGGUUCAAUGAUAACUUUUCACAAAACGCAUCGGAAGAAUUGAACCAAACCUGGCGCCUGCAGCUGCUGGACGACUUGAAGAAACGUUUACCGGCCAAUGAGGUAGAGAGCGGUGCCUUUGCCCAUUAUGAAAAAGCAAUUGAAAUGAGCUCGUGGGUUAAAUCGGGUGAGGCUCGCUGCGCUAAGUCGGGCCACCCAUUCGAGGACUGUCUGAUAGAGCUCGAGUGGGUGAACAAUCAAGGCACGGGGCCCGACUCCGGUACGCUGACCGUGCUCAACUCGGACGGCAUCACGACGAAGAUGCAGUUUUCUCUGUCCGAGAUUACGUGCAUCAUGUGCUGCAGCGAACCUGGUUCACCUCGGCUUGCCAUCCACGCUCCUCGCUUACCGCCGGGUUCUUCACCGUUGAAGCUGCAGUUCAGCGGUGAUACGGAUUUGGAAGAUUGGAUCUCGCAUCUUACCUCCGUCUGCUGCCAGAUUAACGAGGUACAGGGACGCCCAUCGAUACGCUCGGUAUGGAUAACGUCCGGAAUGGGUGACGUGUUCGUGUUUGAUCCGAUCAAUCUGGAAUCGCAACAGUGGGAACAGGAAGCAAAAAGCUAUCGCCAACGGAUUGAUCUCAAAGCGACCGAAACACCGUACUUAACAGCGCUUCACAAUGGGAUGCUCAUCGGAUCGCGAUUGGAAAUUUCCGGCUUCAUUUACGACGACGCUGACCAGGUGCGGUUUGAUCUGCAGGGCCAUCCGACCGUUCGCUUGCGCCAUAAGCUGGAAACGCAACGCAACAUUCCGUUGCAUAUAAAUCCUAGAUUCAACGAGAAUCUCACAGUGUUUAACUCGAUGGCUGCGUCCGCCUGGAGCGAGGAUGAAAUACGCGACCGGCUGGUAACGUUUGCACCGGGAGCUGAGUUUAAGCUGGAAAUCUACAGCGAUACCGACGGGUUCCGGGUGAAGGUGAACGGAAAAGAACAUCCCAAGUUUCACUAUCGUAGCGGGCUCGCACCGGACACUGUCUGCAGCCUGUACAGCAGUGGACGGGUAAAGAUUUUGCAGAUCGUGUACGAUAGUCCAAAAAUCAUUAUACCGCUGAAGGAUGUGUACUGGCGGCAGAUCGGUGGCCAUAUGAAGCGGGUCGUAUCGUGCAAGGCCGGAGUCGUGUGGGGUGUUGGGUACGAUAAUACGGCAUGGGUGUACACCGGCGGUUGGGGUGGAGCGUUUUUGAAAGGACUAGAAACGAGCAGCCAAGGUAUUAACGUGAUGACGGAUACGCAGAAUUAUUACAUCUACGAAAAUCAGCGAUGGAACCCAUUGUCCGGCUUUUCCUCGACCGGACUGCCAACGGAUAGGCACAUGUGGAGCGACAUAACGGGCAAGCAUAAGCGUAGCAAAGAGCACGCCAAACUGCUGUCGAUGCACUGGCAGUGGAUUAGCGAUUGGAUGGUGGACUUCCACAAUCCCGGUGGUGUUGAUCGGGACGGUUGGCAGUAUGCGGUCGAUUUUCCCGCUUCGUAUCAUGCGAAGAAACAGUUUACUGACUACGUUCGACGACGCCGUUGGUAUCGCAAGUGUCGCCUAACGACCAGCGGACCCUGGCAGGAGAUUGGCAACACGAAGGUGGUGGAUGUGGCACUGCAACCGGACAGUGAUGAUGCGGACUGUACCAUUACGGUGUGGGCAAUUGCAGCGAAUGGAGAUGUGCUGUACCGUCGGGGCGUAUCGCAAUCUCAACCAGCCGGUAUCGGUUGGGAACACGUCCCAUGCGAUCAACCGUUAUCCAGUAUUAGUAUCUACGACAACAAAGUUUGGACAGUCGGUAAAAAUGGUAGUGCAUUCCUGCGCUGUGGUAUUACGGUAGAAAACCCGCUCGGAAACAAGUGGCAGAUGAUUGAGCCUCCGGGAGGCGUUAGUUUUAAACAGAUUUCGGUCGGUACGUGUGGCAUCUGGGCGCUGGACACGGUUGGACGGCUUUCGGUGCGAAAGGAAAUUAAUGGCACAUUCCCUGAGGGUAGCCAUUGGCAGUUAUUGCCAAACGUUUUGAACGAUCCUCCGCACUACGAAGGGAAUAGCGGCUUCAAAAAUGUGUCCGUCGGCGAGCACGUGUUUGCCGUGUCCCAAUCGGGCUACGUAUGCAAGCGUAGCGGUAUUACGCCAUUGAAUCCAGCAGGUACUGGAUGGAUUCUUGGUAUUCAGGCCAACUGGAGUUCUGUUAAUGUGACUGGAUUUUACGAUUGAACGUGGUGUGAUAGACAGUAUAAAAAAAUAUUUAAGGAAAG